AUUUUUUAAUACACUAUAAGAUGUUUGAGGUGAGUUUGUACUAUCUUAUAGCUGGUUUCCUGUUCAAGUGGACGCCCAAGAAAAUUUAGGACAUUUUCAAAAAGGGGUCCUAUAUUUGGUCAAAAAAAAGGGGUCCUAUAAUUUUAGAUUUCUCAUACAUGUAUGGCCGAAAUCAAUAUUAACUAUAUUAUAUAAAAUUUAUGAAAAAGAAAAAAGAGAAGAGAUUAUGUAUGGGAAAUGGUUGAAUUGGACUCCUUUUUUCUGUUUUGGUGAACGAAUGAGUAACGAUCUGAGGAUCGGAGAAGGCAUUGAAUAUUCUAAUUUGGGUGGAUCUUGUUUUACUGCAUCUCCAUAUUUGCAAGCAUUCUAGUUUUCCCAUCAGCGUGAACUAUGGCGGAGCUUAUGCUUUCUUUGUCUUUCGAUCAUCUUUCUAAAUUAAAAUUGAAUAGAUCAAACUAUUACUCUUCAUCUUCGAUAAUGAAUUCUAUAAGCGUUCUUCUGUCUCACUGAUCUCCCAAAACUCGCAGCCUGCCGGGUAUACAACUAUACAUUCAAGUUUAAUCCCUUUUUUUUGCAUACACUCUUCUUGGCAUUCAAUUACAGGCACUUCUUGUUUGCAGUUUUGAACUAUUCUAGCUGACAUAUUGCGUAUUUAUCAUCUUCCUCAUCGCUGAAUCUAGUGAUGUUUGUUUACUGAGACAGCAGAUUUUACACAGCAGGACCGUGCCUAACACUUCCAGUUCCACCCCUGAGAAGAAGCUCGCUAAAAUUGAUAUUAGUGCUGAUACUGUAUGCCCAUGGUGCUUCUUUGGCAAGAGAAAUCUAGAUAAAGCCAUAGAUUCCUCCAAGGACAGAUACAACUUCGAGGUUCUACGCUCUCUGUGCUUGUAUGUAUUUUUCUUGCGUUGACAAGAGAGAGUAUUACAGAGGGAAAUUUGGAUCUCAAUCAGAACAGAUGGAAGCUCGGAUGUCAGAGGUUUUUGGGAGCGUGGGCCUCCAAUAUAACAUGUCUGGGCUGACGGGGAACACAAUGGACAGUCAUAGGCUUAUAUAUUUUGCAGGACUGCAGGGCUCAGACAAACAACAUCAUCUUGUUGAAGAAUCGGGCCUUGGUUACUUCACACACGGAAAAUACAUUGGUGACCAUAAUUUUCUUUUGGAAUGUGCUGAGAAGGUUGGGUUGGAAGGGGCAGCAGAGUUUCUUCAAGAACCCAACAAUGGCCUCUGGGAGGUUCAGGAUGAGCUUAAUAGAGGAAACGACAGAGGGGUUCCAUAUUAGGUGGUGGGUGGAUUAAAUUGGAGUUAGUAUUAAUUAUUGCUUAAAAUGUUUCAAUUUCAGAAUGUGCUCAGAGCCCAUCAAGCAUAUUGAUUCAUUCAAUGAACUGGCAAUUACUGGAAGUGGCAAAAUUGAUGGUGCUCAGCCCCCUGAGGUGUUCGUGAAAGCUUUUGAAUUUGAGGAGUGAAGUUUAUCGCAUCUGCAUGUUUAUGCUUCUGAGUUCUGAUGAAAGUCUCCGUCUUUAUUGCAUUAAAGUUUUUUUGUAACUAUGAUCAUUCCACAACUCUCUGACUAGAUGAAGAUAAAUGAUGAAAGAUAAUGAGCCACUCCAUCUUUAUGAUCGUUU